AUGUGUUUGUGUCGAUUGACACAAGUGUUUAAAUCAACCGCUUUUAUAAAAGACCCGAUCGUAAAGUCCACAUCUGAAGUGAAUACAGGGGCCGAAGCGUUAAGAGUGUUACGAAUGAGAACUGAAAUACAUUGUCGGCGUAUAAUUAAAAUGUGCAAAACUAUCGAUGAAUUCACAGAAUUGUGCGAAAACGACAGAAUAAUACUUUUGAAGACCUGCUGUCCAGAGAUUAUAUGCCUAACGAGUGAUUCAAAAUCAGCUGUUAGGAUGAACCUAGAUGUUUUGAAGUGGGGCAAAUUAAAGUAUAAUCACGACACAAAUCUCAUGGAUUUGUUAUAA